UGGAUAGAAUACUGAAGCAUUGAGCAGUGCUGUCUUACAUUCCAUCAGUACUGAUUGCACAGACCAUGGGGGAAUCUGGCAGGGAACCUAGAUAAUUAAGCAGACAAACAGGAAAGUACUCAAGUCUGGUAACUCUGGAGGCUCCAUCUUCCUGCGACAUGGAGAAAUGGAUCAUGGAUUAAUAAGGAGCUAUCAUUUUAGAACAUUUCUGGCACUUCUUUAUUUUCUCCCAACAGUUUCAUAUGGUCAGCUAGCAAAAGAAGUGACAGCAAAUGGAGUGGUUGUGCGAUCUGUGGAACUCAAGUGUAAUGAAGCUGAUUCCCCCUCCAUUUUCUUCUGGAAUUUCAUAAAGUAUGGAACAGACAAACCUAUACCAAUUGCCACUAAUUAUAACGGAGUUCACAGUAAUGCUGUCCUACUGGGAGAUGUCCGUCUGAAGGGAAGUGACUUGGUUAUAGACAAUCUGCAGAUGGCAGCCGAAGGACGAUUCAUGUGCCAAGGCAUUAUACAUACAGGUUAUAUUACAACAUACAUCGACCUCACAGUUUUAGUGCCUGUUUUGACCCCUAUCUUACAAAUUAAUGUAUCAUCACCCCGUGAAGGAUCUCCAGUUAUGCUAAGCUGUGAUGUUAAAAAUGGUACAGGUCCAAUAGAAUAUAUCUGGCAGAGAACCGUCAUCCAGGAGGGAACAUUUCCGGUUUCGGAGGGUUCAGGACGUGUAGUUGUCCUGACAGCAGUUAACAGAUCCCACACAGGCUGGUACACCUGCACUGUCAAAAAUGCAGUGAAUGAAGAGGUUAGCGGCAGACAUUACCUGAACGUUAUCUAUGGCCCAGAUGAACCAAUCAUCAGUAUCCAGCCGUAUGCCAUAAGUGAAAAUGGAUUUGCAGCCAAUGAGCAGGAAGAGGUCACAUUGAAUUGCACAGCCUCUUCCAAUCCUCCCUGCCAAUAUGUCUGGCUUUAUAACAACACUCAGGUCCACGAUGGCCAGAUGUAUAUCAUUCGAAGGAUCUCCCGGAGUCAGACUGGCAUGUACACCUGCCUGGCAAAGAACUAUCACCUGGAGACACACACUGCACUUACUGUCAGCCUCACCGUGUACUAUUUACCUGAAGGAUCUCCUUCAUGUACUGCAAAAUCACAUAACAACUACAAAGAGGUGGCUCUCUGGUGUUCAUGGACUGGUGGACUUCCUCUCAUGGCACUUCAGUGGCUAAAAACAACUGAAGAUGAUAAAGUCAUUGUGUCAUACUCAAAUGCAACCAAAAUAAUUAAAGGAGAAGACAUUAUAAAUGGGAGCAUCUACACAUGCAAGAUCACUCAUCCAGCCCUCAAAAAAGAUACACUUUGCAGUACAACUGUGUCUAUACCUGACGGAGGCCCAAGUUGCUCAGCAGUAUCAACAAAACUAAAUGAGUUUAUCAUGCUGACAUGCGAAUGGCUGGGAGGUCUCCCCCUCAUCAUGCUCGAUUGGAACAAUAAACAAAUUGGAGACUCCAAGGAAUCCUCCAACAUAUAUGUUUUCAAAUCCAAUACAUCAUAUAAUGGAAAAUUAUUUACCUGUAGAGCUUGGCACCCAAUGAGCAGGGAAACAAAGGAAUGCAAUAUCAGGCUUGAGGCUCCAGUGCUGAAUACUUCUGAGAACAAUACAUCUGUGCUGGAGGGAAAUGACAUUCACCUAACGUGCUGUAUAAAACCAUCUAACCUAACAUCAGAAGUUAUUUGGUACAAUAACAAGAACAUAGAAAUAACAUCUGAUUUACAGAAGUAUGGCAUGCUAAAGGAUAAUGGGUGGUACAAUUUAACCAUCCAUGAAACAGUUUAUAAAGUAGACAGUGGGCAGUAUCGCUGUUCAGCUUUUAAUGCAGUUGGAAACUCCUCGAUGGUCGUAACACUUCAAGUAAAACAAUAUCCUGCUCCACCAAAUGUGACAAUCAACAGAAUACUAUACAGCCGACAGAGGACAGAAGUGGACUUGGAAUGGAUGACCAAAGGAAUUGGUGACCUAACAAGCUUCAUGGUUCAGAGGCAGACCAGCAUUCGAUCAUUCCCUGGCCCAAAGAGGUUAGCGCAGACUGCAUCCUGGGACACUGUGGCUAAAGAUAUAGAACCUGAUGUUCGUGGGCACAAACUAGCAGGAUUAGACCCAGCUAAUGUCUAUGCCUUCAGGAUAUUGGCAUUAAACCAUAAGACUACAGGGUUUCCUUCUGAGGUGAAAACACCAGGUGGUCACCCAGAUGCUAUUUCUGAGCUAACAGAAUUUCUUGACAUGAUGUUGGUUCCUGGGGAGAAGAGGUCUAAGGUUGCUAGUGAGCCAUGGUGUUAUGCAAUAUGCUGGAAUGGAUUCUUUAAGAAUUUGCCAUUCAACAAGGGACUUUGA